AUUACUGUAACAAAAGAAAUCAUAGCUAACGAGAGUAGGCAGGGCAAAAAAAGAUUUGAGGGAACUUUCGUGAAGAGUAAUUAUUUAAAAAUCCCUGUUGAGCUCACAUAAUUCUGAUAAACUGGGAAAACGAAAAGGACAACAGCUAGGCUGUGCGAUCUAAUAGCCCCAGCAGACUGCUGGUAGGACCAGAAUACGACAAAGUUGCUAGCCUAUCCCUGCAGGUUGGCUGCUACCGUAUCAGCUGUAACAUUAUCCAGAGUAGCAGCUUCCGGUUCAAGUUCUCAUUGCUGUCUGCCUUAUUAGCUAGUUGAAGGUGGCGGCGGCGGCGUUUAACGAUGUCACAGAUGUGAUUUGGACACCCUGCCCUCCUCACCAGCCUUCAUCGAGACUCAGCUUCCUGUCCUCCUCUUCUUCCCCAGUGUCCCAGUGUGUGAUCCCUCCCUCAGCAUGACCCUGUCAACUCUCCUGCCCCAGGCUUUGCUGCUGCUGAUGCUGCCCUGUGGGACUCUGGCCUCCCACAGCAGCAACCCCACCUUACUGGACCACCACACCACCUUACUGGAACAAAACAUCACCACGGACCAGGGACACUGCCAACAGCUAUGCAAGCUCAAUAAAACAUGCAAUCGCUAUAUCUUCUGGAAGGAGAGAUCCACAUGCUUUCUGUUGAAAUGCUUUAAUGUGUCAGACUGCCCAGAUGUCUCUGUGGAGGAACUAUUUCCUGGAGAAGAGCUUGACAGUGGUGUCCUCCAGUCUGACGGCAACUCACCCGGAACGCUCCAGGAUGCCGACAGCGCAGCCGACAGUCCGAGCAGUGGAGGAAGGGCCCCUCCCUCCCCCCCUCCCUCCCUCAACUCCUCUCCUGUGAGGGGCAGCAGUGGAGGGCUGUCCGCAGGGGACUCUCUCCUCAACAACACUUCAACUCUGUCACUGCUGCAUACGCCGCCUGAGAACCCACACCAGGGUGGAAAUGUGUCAGACCAGGGUGGAGAUGUGUCACACCAGGGUGGAGAUGUGUCACACCAGGGUGGAGAUGUGUCACACCAGGGUGGAGAUGUGUCACACCAGGGUGGAGAUGUGUCACACCAGGGUGGAGAUGUGUCACACCAGGGUGGAGAUGUGUCAGACCAGGGUGGAAAUGUGUCACACCAGGGUGGAGAUGUGUCACACCAGGGUGGAGAUGUGUCACACCAGGGUGGAGAUGUGUCACACCAGGGUGGAGAUGUGUCACACCAGGGUGGAGAUGUGUCACACCAGGGUGGAGAUGUGUCACACCAGGGUGGAGAUGUGUCACACCAGGGUGGAGAUGUGUCACACCAGGGUGGAGAUGUGUCACACCAGGGUGGAGAUGUGUCACACCAGGGUGGAGAUGUGUCACACCAGGGUGGAGAUGUGUCACACCAGGGUGGAGAUGUUGAGAACCCACACCAGGAUGGUAACAUCUCCACCCAAGCCCCAGCAUUGCACAUGUCACACGAGCCAACGAGCUGGAGCCCUGAGGAGACGACCAUGACCAGCGCCAGCAGGGCGACCACACCAGUGAUAACAUCAGGAUCAACUACAGCAUUAUCAGCGACUGUGCCAACAACCACCACGACUACUGCAAUUCAACAACCUACUAUAGCAACAAUGCCAACAUCACCAAUAACUUCAUCAACAACAACAACAUCAUCAUCAACAACAACAUCGACAACAACAACAUCAUCAUUAACAACAACAUCCGCUGCCUCUGGGCCUCUAGAAACGGAACACAAGCCAUCGACCUCUGACCCCCCUGGCCCUGGAGCGACCUCAUACCUUCCAUCCUCCUCCUCCACUGCGGCUGGAUCCAUGAUCGCUGACGUGGAGGGGAAGAGGGGGGGCAUCAUGGACGUGGCCGGAAGCCCUCUGACCAAACAGCUGGUGGACACCAGCUCCCUAUUGGCUGUCCUGCUGUUUGGCCUCCUCUUCUUCCUGGUUACGGUUGUCAUGUUUGUGACUCAGGCCUAUGAGAGUUACCACAGGAAGGACUACACACAGGUGGACUAUCUGAUCAACGGCAUGUACUCAGACUCAGGGGUGUGAUGGGCCAGACUGUGUUUACUUUUGCCAACAUGCUUUCAGUUAUUGAACUUUUUUUGAUUUAGUAUUUUCUAAAAGCACAUGGUUCUGUUGUUUCACAUGUUGUCAGAGUAUCAUUCUACCCCCCCAGGGAUGGUUGAGGGGACAUGGUUCAUAAAGUUAACAGUUAAAACUGUUUUGAUUGUCAGAGUUGCGCCAGUCUCUAUUUGAGACUUUUCUGUCUUAAGGUUUUACCCACCAAAUGCACACAGAGAUUGACUUACGAGGCACACACUGUGUAAGCUGUCCCCAGCUGUGAGCCUUAUUCAGACCAUACAAUCUUCUACAGGUUGAGUUCUGUACCUCCAGGUCGAGAUGUGUACCUCCAGGCCUGAGGGGGUUUCUGUGUUUGUGGUUAUGUUUCCAACCAUUCAGCAGUGUGUUCAUACUGCUAACUGCUAACCCUGCAUGUGUCUUAAAGGGGCUUUCACUUUAAACAACAAAUUGAAAUUAAAUAUUUUAAUAGUGCAUAACAAUGAGUAUUUGCUGGGUAUAACUUGGAUAGUUCUGACUAACCCCCAUGAACGUUUAUAGUGGUGUUUGCUCACACGUUACACAGUUUGUGGGUUGCAGAAAGCACAUUAACUUUGUACCCACCCACUAUGUGUUUUAUGUAUGAUCUCAAAAUGUUAUAGAUUUUGAGGAAGGUUUUUCUUUAAGUUUCUCAGAAUGGUUUUUCCAGAUACAUUCCAGAGGGAAUGAAUGUUAUCUGGUCUUAGAUUUCUAUGCAGUUGAUACUUCCACAUGGCUGCCCCAUAGGAGAAUGGCCAAAGACUGUUGUAAUCAGUUCAUUUCCUCUCAUGUCAUUUUGGGUUGCUUUGUAAAUUGGGUUGAAAAGGUGUAGCCUAAUCAUUUUCUUUGUUUACAUUCGGCUUGUGUCCACCUGUAUGGUUCUUACAGUCCAGUGUCGACCGUAGUCGUAAUGAGCAGCUAGUCUGUGAUGAAGGGAAUCCAUGUUGUCUUUUUUCCUUGACCAGAUUCAUUUGUUUGUCUCUACUCUCAAAUUUUUCUGGAUGCCAAAACUAUCACUGUAGCACUAAAGCACAUUAACGCAGUUGAGCCAAGGGAAUUGUUUAGCCAUUAUGAAUGAACUCCAUUCCACGACAUCGAGGAUAGAGAGCUCAGAGACCAAAGGAGACACCUUGAAGGCAGCUCUGUCAAGGCCGGGCGUGCAGGUCUGCUGAAUGUGAUAUGUGCCAACUGAAGUCCUUACUAAUGCACUUGUGAAGAAGGAUGUUAUUUGCAGUAACAAAUUGAGAAAUAAAGGUGGUGAAAGAAGGAUGUUACUUCUAUCCUUUUUUGCCAAGUAUUUCGACAAGUGUCAACAAUCUGUGGAAGAUCUUUAAAUAUAGUAUAAUAUAUGGAGCAUCAUAGCAGUAGUAUUGUAUAAUAUAGUAAAGUAUACUUUAUUAAAGUCAAGUAUUAGUUAUGUGUAUCAGAUGGA